UGAAAUUGCGCAGAGUUAGAUGAAUUAUUAAAGCGACAAUGUGGAUAUGUAAGCUCGUAAUAUUUUAUCUCCUCUCCGGAUUCGUGGCGGCUCAGAUCUGCGAAGUCACCCGGUAUAGAGUUGAUAAAGGAGUACGCAAGCAAAUUAAAGUAAAGCAGUGCUGCCCGGGCUAUAAGAAACGACAGAACACAAAACUUAUAUGCGAUCCAAGAUGUAGGGUGAACUGUAGAAGUGGCACCUGCUCGAAGCCAAAUGUGUGUACCUGCCUGAAAGGCUAUGUCAACCUCAACAAAGAGCCAUCUAACUAUUGUGUGCCCGAAUGCAAGGGCUGUAACAAAGGAACCUGCACCUCGCCCGGCCACUGCCGUUGUUCCUCUGGUCACCUGCUGGACCAGGAGACCGGUAACUGUGUGCCCCAGUGUCCGAAGGGGUGCUCCAAUGGCACCUGCAUUUCGCCCAAUAACUGCAAGUGCAACCAAGGAUACGCGAUGGACGCCGCCACCCAGCAGUGCCUGCCCACCUGUACUGAGGACUGCAAGCGGAACAAUGGCUUCUGUGCGGCGCCCAAUCGGUGCCAGUGCAAUCCUGGUUACAUUUCCAAGCCGAACUCCGAAUCCUUUGCGUGCCAGCCGGUCUGCAAAAAUGGCUGCAAAAAUGGAGUUUGUCGCGCUCCCGACGUUUGUGAAUGCAAUAGAUUCUACAGGAAGGACGCCGAUAAAAACUGCGCCCCAAUCUGCGACAACGAAUGCGUAAAUGGGGACUGUACGGCGCCGGAUGUGUGUUCUUGCUGGCCGGGGUAUACGAAAAUUGGUGACAAUGUCUGCGUGGCCAUUUGUCCGGCGGGCUGCCAGAACGGAGUGUGCGUGAAGCCAAAUGUGUGCUCCUGCAACGCAGGAUACACCAUGCAAGAGGGUGUCUGCAGUCCAGUUUGCGAGGAAGGAUGCGAGAACGGUUCCUGUGUGACGCCCGGCGAGUGCUCCUGCAACGAGGGGUAUGCCAAGGUGGGGAACAAGUGUGUCCCUGUUUGCCAGGGUGGAUGCAAGAACGGAUCUUGCGUCUCGCCGGGAAAGUGCUCCUGCAAUGAAGGAUACAGCAAGGAAACGGAGAACAGCUGCGCACCAGUUUGCUCUAAAGGAUGUGAGAACGGAUUCUGUGCUUCUCCUGAAAAGUGUUCCUGCAACAGUGGAUACCUAAUGGAUAGUGAGGAAAAGUGUGUUCCAGUUUGCACAGGUGGAUGUGAGAACGGAUUUUGUGCUUCUCCUGAAAAGUGUUCCUGCAACAAUGGAUACAAAAUGGACAGUGAGAACAAGUGUGUUCCAGUUUGCUCGAAAGGAUGUGAGAAUGGAUUCUGUGCAUCUCCUGAAAAGUGUUCCUGCAACAGUGGAUACCUAAUGGAUAGUGAGGAAAAGUGUUUUCCAGUUUGCACAGGUGGAUGUGAGAAUGGAUUCUGUGCUUCUCCCGAAAAGUGUUCCUGCAACAUCGGAUACGAAAUGGACAGUGAGGAAAAGUGUGUCCCAGUUUGCAUGGGGGGAUGUGAGAAUGGAUUCUGUGCUUCUCCCGAAAAGUGUUCCUGCAACAACGGAUACCUAAUGGAUAGUGAGGAAAAGUGUGUUCCAGUUUGCUCGAAAGGAUGUGAGAAUGGAUUCUGUGCAUCUCCUGAAAAGUGUUCCUGCAACAGUGGAUACCUAAUGGAUAGUGAGGAAAAGUGUUUUCCAGUUUGCACAGGUGGAUGUGAGAAUGGAUUCUGUGCUUCUCCCGAAAAGUGUUCCUGCAACAUCGGAUACGAAAUGGACAGUGAGGAAAAGUGUGUCCCAGUUUGCACAGGUGGAUGUGAGAACGGAUUCUGUACUUCUCCAGAAAAGUGUUCUUGCAACAAUGGAUACAAAAUGGACAGUGAGAACAAGUGUGUUCCAGUUUGCUCGAAAGGAUGUGAGAAUGGAUUCUGUGCUUCUCCUGAAAAGUGUUCCUGCAACAGCGGAUACCUAAUGGAUAGUGAGGAAAAGUGUGUUCCAGUUUGCACAGGUGGAUGUGAGAAUGGAUUUUGUGCUUCUCCUGAAAAGUGUUCCUGCAACAGUGGAUACCUAAUGGACAGUGAGGAAAAGUGUGUCCCAGUUUGCUCGAAAGGAUGUGAGAAUGGAUUCUGUGCAUCUCCUGAAAAGUGUUCCUGCAACAGCGGAUACCUAAUGGAUAGUGAGGAAAAGUGUGUCCCAGUUUGCACAGGUGGAUGUGAGAAUGGAUUCUGUGCUUCUCCUGAAAAGUGUUCCUGCAACAGUGGAUACCUAAUGGAUAGUGAGGAAAAGUGUGUUCCAGUUUGCACAGGUGGAUGUGAGAAUGGAUUCUGUGCUUCUCCCGAAAAGUGUUCCUGCAACAUCGGAUACGAAAUGGACGGUGAGAACAAGUGUGUCCCAGUUUGCAUGGGGGGAUGUGAGAAUGGUUUCUGUGCUUCUCCUGAAAAGUGUUCCUGCAAUAGUGGAUACGAAAUGGACAGUGAGGAAAAGUGUGUUCCAGUUUGCACAGGUGGAUGUGAGAAUGGUUUUUGUGCUUCUCCUGAAAAGUGUUCCUGCAACAGCGGAUACCUAAUGAAUACUGAGGAAAAGUGUGUCCCAGUAUGCACAGGUGGAUGUGAGAAUGGAUUCUGUGCUUCUCCUGAAAAGUGUUCCUGCAACAGUGGAUACCUAAUGGAUAGUGAGGAAAAGUGUGUCCCAGUUUGCACAGGUGGAUGUGACAAUGGAUUCUGUGCUUCUCCUGAAAAGUGUUCAUGCAACAUCGGAUACGAAAUGGACAGUGAGGAAAAGUGUGUCCCAGUUUGCACAGGUGGAUGUGAGAAUGGUUUCUGUGCUUCUCCUGAAAAGUGUUCCUGCAACAGCGGAUACCUAAUGAAUACUGAGGAAAAGUGUGUCCCAGUUUGCACAGGUGGAUGUGACAAUGGAUUCUGUGCUUCUCCUGAAAAGUGUUCAUGCAACAUCGGAUACGAAAUGGACAGUGAGGAAAAGUGUGUCCCAGUUUGCACAGGUGGAUGUGAGAAUGGUUUCUGUGCUUCUCCUGAAAAGUGUUCCUGCAACAGCGGAUACCUAAUGAAUACUGAGGAAAAGUGUGUUCCAGUUUGCACAGGUGGAUGUGAGAAUGGAUUCUGUGCUUCUCCCGAAAAGUGUUCCUGCAACAAUGGAUACAAAAUGGACAGUGAGAAAAAGUGUGUCCCAGUUUGCAUGGGGGGAUGUGAGAAUGGUUUCUGUGCUUCUCCUGAAAAGUGUUCCUGCAAUAGUGGAUACGAAAUGGACAGUGAGGAAAAGUGUGUUCCAGUUUGCACAGGUGGAUGUGAGAAUGGUUUCUGUGCUUCUCCUGAAAAGUGUUCCUGCAACAGCGGAUACCUAAUGAAUACUGAGGAAAAGUGUGUCCCAGUAUGCACAGGUGGAUGUGAGAAUGGGUUCUGUGCUUCUCCUGAAAAGUGUUCCUGCAACAGUGGAUACCUAAUGAAUACUGAGGAAAAGUGUGUCCCAGUAUGCACAGGUGGAUGUGAGAAUGGAUUCUGUGCUUCUCCUGAGAAAUGUUCCUGCAAUAGUGGAUACGAUAUGGACAGUGAGGAAAAGUGUGUCCCAGUUUGCACAGGUGGAUGUGAGAAUGGAUUCUGUGCUUCUCCGGAAAAGUGUUCCUGCAACAUCGGAUACGAAAUGAACAGUGUGAACAAGUGUGUUCCAGUUUGCUCGAAAGGAUGUGAAAAUGGAUUCUGUGCAUCUCCUGAAAAGUGUUCCUGCUAUGAAGGAUAUACCAAGGACACAGAGAACAGUUGUGCACCAGUUUGCUCGAAAGGAUGUAAGAACGGAUUUUGUAUUUCUCCGGAAGUUUGCAAGUGCAACGAGGGCUUUGUCUCUUCAGAAGAAUCGGAUACGUGCCUCCCUGAAAAAGAAUUGUUAGCAGACUUAGAUUGCGAUCAGACUUGCCGGAACGGAACCUGCCUGGAAGGGAUGUGCACGUGUUGGGACAAUUACAAGCUGCAUCGAGACAGGGACGAUAAUCAAAGUCUUUACUGCCUCCCAAUAUGCGACCCCGAGUGCAUCAACGGAUACUGCGAGUCCCCAGGGACGUGCGCUUGUAUUAAUGACGAGAUUCUUCAAGAUGGGUAUCGCUGCCAGUCUGUCAACUAUUUCGAUGACAAGUUGUCAUCCAAGCACAAUGGAAACACAAUAAGGCGCUUUAAGUGGCUUUUUAUUACGAUUGCUUUGUUAGCUUUCAUUUUGGCGGUGGUGAUCGCCAUGCUUAUGAUGCACAUCUUCAAGAAGCGCUCCUAUUACGUGGGCAAAAACGAACAACAACUUGGCGUCUACUUCUCUCCCAAGAGAGCGGAUAUAAUUCGAGCAUGAUCUUCAUUUACAAUCCAGCAUUUACUCAUUACUUAAUAAAGGUUUUUGUAAGAAUAUACUAUUGAAAAAAUUU